CGUUUUUGAACCGAUGGCCAUUGAGAAAUUCCCCUCGUUUUGAUUACACGCCCAAUAGUAAUUCUGUAAGUGGGUGGGUCAGCUGUGCAUGCCAGGUAGCCGUGUUCAGAGCAGAUGGCUGUAGUGGUUGCAAGCGGUACGCAGAACUGGCCGGUGGGGACGAGGGGAUAACGGAGGAUCCUGAGUCCGAAGGUUAGGGGGGUGGGGUCGAAGAUGAACUUCGGGAAGACUUGACCAGAUUGACUUCGAUAAAUGAUUUGAACCGCUCCGGCUUUGAUUUCUUUAUCAAGACGGCAGCUACGUGAACACAAAGCCUCGGGAUAGAGUUGGCGUCUGAUCCUGGGAUUGGGAAUCAAAGAAGGGACUGGCGUGAGAGAUCUAAUUUACUUCGGACAAUUGGGAACCGACGGUUGAAAACUAGUUGCAUAUGCGUGGAGUAGUUAUAUUGUAUAAAGGGACUAUCUAAUCGCUCAUACAGUGUUCCGUUGCUGCUACAGCUAGCUUGCUGACUUUCUUGUAAAGGAAUGUCCAAUGGAUGAAUGGGCAGCCACUUGUAUUGCUCGGGUUUAAACAGCUUCUUGAUGACCUCCGUGUUACAAAUGAUUUAUGUUGUUAAGUAGCGAGCAACCUUGUUUUUGCUCCAUGUAUCUAAUAUAGUAUACACAAAGAAACAACAUCGCUUUUUAUUUUUGUUGCAGUCAGCAAUCUUGAUUAAUGCAUGGUGCGGAAGGAGAACAGGCAAGCACACCCUCAUGGACAGAAGUGCAAUUUAUUGAUAUUUCUUGUCAGCAAUUUUGUUUAUAAUUUAAUAUUUUCUCUGUUUUCAAUGUUUUUUUGUAGCUGAAUGAUAAGCGUAUGUAUUUGUUGGUAGCUGAAACUAGCUAGCUGGCAUACCUGAUUUGAAGGAAUUUUGCACUACUCUUGAUUCUAAAAUAGUAUUGAAGUUAUUCCUCGUGUGGAAUGGGGAAUACGAUAGCAUGCUGCGUGUCCCCGGAGAGAAGCCCAAAGUUACCAAGGCAACUGGCGGACCGCCAGGAAGACUACCAAAUAAGCACGAACGUGAGGGACGACACCGGCCCGUACCUGCAGCACAUUAGCGACAGAGAGGAACCUAACGAACUGGCCCAGGAGUUCCACCCAUCGAACCAUGCCCGACUCAGAACCAUCUUCCUCAGCAAGUCCCAGACAGACCGUGAGUUGCAAGACAAGAGGAAAAGCAAUCACAUAACCCAUGUUAGUCAUACCUCUCCUCUCUCUAAGAAGUACAGUUCCUGUUCCACCAUCUUUAUCGAUGACAGCACGGUCAGCCAGCCCAACUUGAAAAGCACAAUAAAAUGUGUUACACUAGCGAUAUACUACCACAUUAAAAACAGGGACUCUGACAGGUCACUGGACAUUUUCGAUGAGAAGAUGCACCCCUUAUCGAGAGAGCAGGUUCCUGGUGACUACUCUCGUACGGACCCCGAGCACAAACUCAUCUACCGCUUUGUCAGAACUCUGUUCAGCGCUGCACAGCUCACUGCAGAGUGUGCCAUCGUCACCUUGGUGUACCUGGAGCGUCUGCUGACCUACGCUGAGAUGGACAUCUGCCCAUGUAACUGGAAGCGCAUUGUACUGGGAGCCAUCCUGCUGGCCUCCAAGGUGUGGGACGACCAAGCUGUCUGGAACGUAGACUACUGCCAGAUCCUCAAAGACAUCACUGUGGAGGAUAUGAACGAGAUGGAACGCCAAUUCCUGGAGCUGCUGCAGUUCAACAUCAACGUCCCGUCUAGUGUUUAUGCCAAGUACUACUUCGACCUGCGCUCUCUGGCUGACGACAACAGCCCCCGCUUACCCCUGGAGACACUCGGCAACGAGCGGGCACAGAAACUGGAGGCCAUCUCCAGACUGUGUGAGGACAAGUAUAAGGAUUGGAGCCGAGCAGCCGUGAAGAGGUCCUUUAGCGCUGACAACCUGGUGGGCAUCCGCUGCGCCAAUGCUGUACUCUCAUAGGCCAGCCAUACUACAGCGCUGUUCUCUCAUUGGACAAAUGUCACUCGAAUGCUGUUCUCUUAUUGGACAGCCAUACUACAGCACUGUUCUCUCAUUGGACAAAUGUCACUCGAAUGCUGUUCUCUUAUUGGACAGCCAUACUCCAAUGUUGUGCUCACUGGACAGCGACACAAUAUCUGACCUCUACAGCCUAACCAACAAACACUCCAGGAUACAUAACCAUGACUCGCCACCAACCCCUCUCAGGGAUUUGUCGUUGGCAGCCCCUCAUGCCCACUCCCCUGACUGGCUGGUCCCAGACCCCUGUGCAAAAGAACUUAUUCACUACAGAGAGAAGAGUAGACUCUUUUCCUGUUUAUUAAAAAAAAAAGUAUAUAUAUUUGCUUACUAUGUAGGCUGCUAGUUGUGACAUUUUUGUUUUUAAAUGGAAAAAUAAUUUGCAGAUGGAGUAUUUUAAAUAAACACUAAUCAUCCGUGUAGCUUUUUCAUUGGAGUGGAGAUGAGACUGCAAGAGUGGCACAGCGCAUUGUAAAAAUGUACAUUUUGACUUUACACAUCAAAUGACACAUACUCAGAAACCGAUUGGUCCACAGUUUAAUUCUCUAUCAGUCAGAGACUAAUGAAAUGAAUGAAAUGCAUUUUCAUAAAUAUCUAUUUAAAAAAAAAUCUGACAUUUCAUUCUUGGAGAAGUAAGUACACACAACGAUGUAGUCGACUCAUCUAUGGAAGGAUGCCAAAGCAGAUUUACAAAUGAUGGGGUAGAACACAGGAAACAGGCUAAUAAAUUAAACAGACACUGGACCAUUUACACAUUAGUCUGGUUAGAAAAACAAUGAGGCACAUGACAACUUGGACAAGCACAGCAGAGUAAAACGGCAGAAAAUGGCAACUUGACAAGGUUUUGGUUCACCCAGAGUUUUGGUUCAACCAUACUCUGGCUCCACCACAGUUCCUAUAGAUGAUUAGUAUAUCAAUUGUAAGACCGUUUUUGAUGUCUGCAGGAUACCAUUGAAAAGAAAUGGUUUGCCUUUUUUUUUUGUAAACCUCUGACUUGUAAAACACACAAGAUAAGUACUGACACGGUCAUUGAAAAUGUAUACAGAGCCCUAAGACAUACGUUCACCAUUGGGUUGGUGUGAACAGUUCCUGUGUGUACCACUAGAGGCAGUAACAAUGGCAAAGGACUCACUGAGCAAAAGCCAGGUGCCCUUUGAGACGACUCUCUUCUGGCCUGCGAGACUGAUCUGACAGACAGUAGUCCCUCCAAACCACUUUACAACAUGUUCAGUAUCAAGGCUAUUCCAAAGCAUUACAUUUACUGCAAUGUCUGUUAUGGGGCUUGUGGUUUUUAGAGUUUACCUUUGACAUUGAUUUCUAAAAUAAAAGAAUACAUUGUUUGAGAAAAGUAUAGACUUCAUAACUGUUGUUUACUGGUACAUUGCUCCACAUACAUACUCUGAUUACCUCUUGGGAGGCUGUUUUACCGUAACUCCAGUCCAGCAACUGGUCAACAGUUGGGCUAGAGGUCCUCAUCCUACUAUUGUAUUGACUGGCUGGGUUGUUCACAGACCGGCCAGUCAAACAAGCUGGAUUUACCAGGCAGAAUAUGGCAAAGAUUUUGUGCAUUGAUACAUACUGAUUGAUUCAACUCGAGCAGCAUACAAACACAUCCAUACCACAUAUGUACUUGAUUCAUACAGAAUAUUGUGAUUUAAAUCACUGGGGAUCAUGCUGAAAAUAAAAAAUAUAUAUUUUCAUUAGUGUUCCUCGAGUUGUUUUGUUUUCACCCAUUACGGACCCAGUGUCCACAAUGAACAAUACCCUGGAUAAUGGGGGCAUUCUGGGCCAGCUCAAUCCAUAAUCUUUUAUAGAGCAUC